ACCGCGAUUAUGUUCACUUGGUGCUUUAAAUUGCUGGCACUGCUGGCCAUCUGCCACUGCACAGUGGCCAAGUUGCCGUCGAGCAUAACGCCCUGUGCACGUGAUGAUCCCCAGCUGGAGCGCUGCAUCAUUGCUGCCGUCUACCAGGUGCGACCCCUCUUGGCGCAUGGAAACUUGGGCGAUGGCUAUACGACCCCACCGCUGGAGCCACUCGCAUUGGACAACAUAGAGGUGGGGCGCAGCAGUCAGUUCCAGGCCGUCUUUACGGAUAUUGAGGCUUCUGGAGGCAGCAAUUUCGUCAUAGAUCGAUUAAUUGCAAAACCCGACGAAAUUUCGUAUGAUCUGUGGUUGACAUUGCCUCGCAUUGACUUCAAGGGCAAAUACUUCAUGCGUCUGAAUCUGCUGCUCCUGGACAUCAAGGGCAAGGGGAACAUGCGGGGCUUCUGCGAAAAUGCCAAGGCCUCUGUCAAAAUGCGUGGCGCGCGCUAUCUGAAGAAUGGCAAGGAGUAUAUCAAGUUCACCAAAAUGUCAAUGCGUAUUCAAUUUAAGGACUUCAAGCUGCAUCUGGACAACCUGUUCAAUGGUGAUCGCAUAUUGGGAGAUGUCGGCAAUACCCUGAUCAAUGAGAACCAGAAGUUAUAUAUGAAUGAGAUAGUGCCCGGUCUGGAGCGCGGAUUGUCGCAAAAGUUCCUAGAAGUGGCCAACGAAAUACUGGCCACGGCCACUUUUGAUGAAAUGUUUCCGCCCAGUCGCACCGUUGUAAACAGUCCGGUCGGCGUGCCAGGACCAAGCAUAUUUGAGCCCAGCUUCCAAUCAAAGAAUCCUGCUGGUGGUAUCUUGGAUCAGCUGCCGCUACUAACCCCACCUAGACGUCCUGCUUCACAGAUUCCCGCCGGCGGCAUUUUGGAUAUAGACCCAAGACUGGGCAGCUGAGUCUGUUAAUAUCAAGUUUGUUCUUUUUUUGAGUUGAUUUUUUUA